AUGGCCUCUCUGGUCUAUGGAGUCAAGGAGAUCAGACCAAAUGAUGGCAAAUCAAAGUUCACAAUCGACAGGAUCCUUGGUCUGGACCAGGAAGAACAACAUAUGAAGAUUAAACCCUAUCGACCUUGGGCAGAUAAGCUACCGGCACAGGUAUGCGUCAUUCCUGAAAGCGCUUGCGCAUCAGGCAUAGACUACAGCGGAGAGAGGACCACACAACUCUCUACAGACUCGUACCGAAAAGCGCUAAACUGGUACAUAGGACGUAGACCUAGAACUGCCUUCACCAGCCUGCAAAUUGAGAUCCUUGAGAGUAUUUUCCAAGUGAAUUAUUAUCCUGGGAUAGAUGUGAGAGAAGAACUGGCUAAGCAGCUACAUCUAGAUGAAGAUAGAAUUCAGGUAGGAGAUUUGGUUUCAGAACAGAAGAGCAAAGCUCAAGAGAUCCCAUCGUGAAUCCCAGUUUCUGAUGGUGAAAAAAGCAUUUGUAAAGGAUGAUUGAUUCACCAACUUUCUUCCUCUCAACUGGUGUGUCUUCUUUUUUUUGAAUGUCCAUUCACAUAACCUAAACAUAAACCUCAUAGUUCUAUGUAUUUGUUUUCUAGAUAUGCUUUGCCAAUUACACUUAAGUUGUAACAUUUGCACAGGAAAAAAAACAAUGUGUAACCUACAUAAUGUGGAUUUAUGUCUUUGUGUGCAUGUUCUCUUUUUCAUUACUGGCUUAGCUUGAAUUGUAUUGAUGUCAGUCAGUCCAUUACCAAUAAUGGUUGAGUCUGAUAUGGAGUGUCUUUGUCUGUCAUAUGACUUGAAUUAGUUUGACGACACUAAUUGCCCAG